AAACAAAAAGACAAAACCAAAAAGAGAGGCAACGGUACCUUAAUCGUACAUUCAAAAACAACAAAAGAAGAAAAAAACACAGCUAGCAUUCCCCCAUUGGACACACUUUAUUCUUGGCUCUUCAACUUUAUUUUUAAAUUUAUUUUUUCUACCUUGUGCCAAAUGAUGAUAAUGAUGAAAGUAGUACUAAAAACUUUGGUAAAAUCUCUUUAUAUAUCUCCUCAUAAAGAGCUGAAUCUGAAUAUUUGUUGAAAAAAAAAAUGGGAGGGAGUGUUAUAGAAAGAAGAGGAGGUAGUGUAGUUUGGGUGUUAAGACAAAAUGGAACAUGGUGGCCUGGGAGAAUAUUGUGUAGUGAUGAGAUUCCAAGCUCUGGGAUUCUUUCUCGUGCUAGUUUAAGUUCAAGAUUUCCUAUUAAGCUUCUUGGUCGAGAUAAUGCUUCUGUGUGUUGGUACAAUUUGGAGAAUUCUAAUCGUGUAAAGUCAUUUCGAUGUGGUGAGUUUGAUGGUUGUAUCAAAAAGGCUGAAUCAUCCAAGACAUUUACCUGUAGUAAAAGCCUGAAAUAUGUGCGUAGAGAAGAUGCCAUUCUUCAUGCUCUUGAACUUGAAAAGGGAGAUCAGGAGAAACUGGAAAGGCCAGUAUUUGUUUCUGGAUUCAAAGAGGGUGAGACUCAUGGCGAAAGUAAUCAAAGAGCAACGAGAAGCAAAAGAUUUUGCUCCCCUAUCAACUCGAUAUCUUUCUUGGAGAAAUCAGUUUAUUCUCAAUCAUCAAAUAUCAUUGCAGAAAAUUCUUCUUCCAAGUCCACGAGUUCCUUGAAGAGUGAUUCACAUAGAAAGAGAAAGACAACUGCAGGUCACUAUGCAUUGCGACCAACGAAGAUGAGCUUCAAGGUCAUCAGUCGUCCAGCAGUCAACAAAUGGAAGCGCAAUGGGAAAGUGCAUAAUCAACAUUUUAAGAGCAGACCAGUUGUUUCGUCUAAUGAAAGAAGCACUGAAUUUGGAUUCAAGACUGAAUCAUUUGAAACCAUGUCAAGGAAUGGCAGUCAGAAGUCUCAGCCUGGUCCAGGGAACAGUUUCUCGGAGGACGCCAGCAUCCAAAGCCUUUGUUCGAAGUUGACCACACGAAAGAAUAGUACCAAGACAUUAAUGGAUGUGCAUAUGACAGUUCAACGCACCUAUAGAGGAGAGCAUACUCCCCUUGUUUCUCUAAUGAGUAGACUAAACGGAAAGGCAAUCGUCGGGCACCCCAUCAACAUAGAAGUGUUAUAUGAUAGUUCAAUGCUUCCUGUUAAAAAAGAGAUCUCUGAUCAGACGACAAACAAGAGCAAAAUGCCUCAACUUGUUUGGAGAAAGUCGAAGAGAACUCCCGUCUGUUACACAAGUUCUACCUCCUCUCCUGCAACUAAUUACGACAACAUUCAGCAAAACAGCAAGAAAUUUGGAGAUAUGAGUUCCCAAGCUAGGAAAAAUGGUCCCUUUAAUACCAAGUCUCGUGGGAAGUUAUCGAAGAAGGCAAACAUGUCAAAGAAGAGAGCAAGAAAAAUCUACCUUGCUGAUUCCAGAAUCCAGAAUGCUGCAAAAGAUGACAGACAAGCAUGUGUCCCUGUGAAAGACAUAUUCAUAAACUUAGUAGGGGCUCUUGGAAAUGAAUGAUCAUAAGCAAGAUAUGUUUUUAGUUUUUUUUUUCCUUCUGACUGCUGACAUACUAAAGUAGGUUUAUGUCUAAUGUCACCUCUUUGUAAGUAUCCUUAACUUACAAAAUUGAGCAAUAAGAUUGCUCAGCCUUUUGUUCUUCCAACAUGAAAUCUAUCUAUUAGUCCUGUUGUGUAGUAAAGAUUGAACUGCCUUAUAUAAUUUCAUCUCAAAAUACUUAUCUCCAUACUAAAAAUA